UUCUCGAAACGUUCGAAUAUCUCUCGAGUACCACGAUCGUGUUAAUAGGCAACGAGAAGGCCGGCAGGCUGUUGGGACGUCUGGUAGGCGCUCGCGAUUGCUCGUUCCGCAGGGAUUUAUCUCAACACUCCCAAAACGGCAACCCGUCGUUGUCGUGGUGCUGCCGGGGCCCCGCCGUUAGCCGCGAGAGAUCGCGAGAAGGGAGCACGGCAGAAUCGAUCGAAGGAUCGACGAGCGGAUCGGUUGCCUCCUCCGCAAACGUUACCACCGCUUCCUACGCCGCUUCUUGUUGGCGGCCAAGUGAGAUGGAGGAGAAGUCCUCGGCGCGCUUCUCGGAGUACCUGUUCGCCAAGAUGGACGGGCAGGACGUCUCGGCCUCUCAGGGUCCCCGCAAGGUGACCGCCGACACUAGGAAGUGGAUGCGGGAAAAUCUCUUGCUUAUGAUCACUCUGUCCGGUGUACUUCUUGGUGUGAUCCUUGGAUUUGGUUUGCGACCAUUGGGCCUUGGCGAUGACGCUGUAAUGCUGAUUAGCUAUCCUGGAGAACUUUUUAUGCGAAUACUGAAAUUAAUGAUUCUACCUUUGGUAAUUGCUAGUCUCAUAUCAGGUUCAGCAAGUUUGAAUGCUAGGAUGAAUGGGAUGAUAGCCGUACGAACUCUCGUCUAUUUCAUACUCACAUCCUUUCUCAAUGCCGUAAUAGGAGUUAUCCUUGUUCUCGUUAUUCACCCUGGAAAUCCAGGAAUCAGAGAAUCGAUUAUACCUCCGACUCAUGCCAGAGCCGUCAACAUCUUGGACAGCCUUUUGGAUUUAGGAAGGAACAUGUUUCCUGACAAUCUCUUUCAAGCUGCAUUUCAACAGGCACAUACAGUUUACGUACCGAGAAAGCCACCGAUACAAAAUCAAACCGAUGGUUUAUCGGUAGGAGUGGUCGGUGAAGAAGACCUGAUCAGAGUGAUCCAAUAUAGAAGUGGUACCAACACUUUAGGCAUCGUCUUCUUUUGUCUAGUCUUCGGCACUUUCCUAGGUACCCUCGGUGAGAAGGGUCAGGUUGUGAUAGAUUUCUUCAAGGCUGUUUUUGAGGUCAUUAUGCGAAUGGUCUCCACUGUGAUGUGGAUGACACCAAUAGGUAUAACUUCGGUAAUAGCCGGAAAAGUCCUCGGUGUGAAUGAUCUGGCGCUGGUAAUGUCGCAGCUAGCUUGGUUCAUCGUCACGAUCGUGAUCGGUGUCUUUUUCUAUCAGCUGGUGGUGAUGCAGCUGAUCUACCUGGCCUUCGUGAGAAAGAACCCCUUUAGAUUCUACGCCGGCCUCGCCCAGGGUACACUCACCGCCUUCGCCAUGGCAUCAACGGCUGCUGCACUCCCCGUUACUUUUCGACUGAUGACCGAGAAGCUCAGGGUCGAUCCCAGAGUCACCAGAUUCGUCCUCCCGAUUGGGUGCAACAUCAAUAUGGACGGUACCGCGCUCUUCGUUGCGGUGGCAAGUAUCUUCAUCGCACAGAUGAACGGGAUCAUUUUGGGUUUCGGAGAAAUCAUCACGGUUAUUUUAACAUCCACAGCAGCAUCCGUUUCUUCAGCUUCGGUUCCAAGUGCAGCUCUAGUAUUAUUACUAGUUGUUUUGAGUGCCAUUGACGCACCCGUUCAUGAUGUUUCUCUUCUCUUUGCUAUUGACUGGUUUGUAGAUCGUAUAAGGACGACCAAUAAUAUGUUAGGAGACUGUUAUGCAGCUGCUGUAGUAGAGCAAUUGUCCAAAAAAGAACUGAUGGCAUUGGACGCAGCAGCUUAUCAGUCUGAAACAGUACUGCCCACAACCUUAGCCAAUGGAUGCAUCUCGGCUAACAGGGUACCCGAUCCUGAUACUAUCGUCGUUGAAAUGCAAGACGACACGAGGAUAGCCGGCAUCGCCAAGUAAACUAACUUGUUGCAUCAGCGUACUACCAAUACCGCGAAGCGUAACGGAGGAGACCGUUUGACUAAUGGCCGAUCUCGCAAGACAAUUUAAAACGGUAUACCUACGAGGUAUGCCGAUGAAAUGAGAAAAGAAAACGAUGGCGAGGUUAAUAUUAGGCACGCCAGUGCCUUUUCUCUUCUUUCUUAUCUAUUUUAUUUUACUUAAACGACGUUAUCAACUUCUCAAUCCCAAAAAUGUCGAUAGAGACACUCUGCUAGGACACUCGAUGACUUUGAAACGUCACGGAAUUUAGAUAUCUCCAUUUUCGAGAGUUAAGUGAGCAAAGUUUGAGACUGAGAUUCGAUCGACCACAGAAGGAGAAUAAAGGCGGGACGAUUAAAAAGAAAAAAGAAAAAAGAAAAAAGAAAAAAACAGAAAAACUGAGAAAAACGAAAAAGAAAAGGAGUCAAUAUCGUAUUGGAACGCGUAUGCGUUUGCGAUACAAGAGUAGCAAUAAAAAGUUUGAGAUACGUAAGUUUACAGAAAAAUGCGCUUCUAGUUAGGAGCACCGAGGUGCAGAAGUUCGAUGAUUCGCGCGUAGAAAAAUCUCGCUCGUAUGCUACGAAGGUGUUGUUUUCUUUUGUCUAUUCUUUUUUUUUCUUUUUUUUUUUUUUUUUUGUUUCUUUGUUUCUCUGUUUCUUUGUUAGUUUUGGUUUUUUUUUUUUUUUUUUUUUUUUUUUAACGGAACGUUAGUCAAAACGAUAAAGACGAUCGACAAUUUUGCUCGUAAAUCGCGCGAGAAUAUUCUUGUCGAUCUCGUGAAUAUUAGUAGUCUCAUUUGACAAGUGAUCAUUCGCAUCGUCGAAUGGUGGUGCCUUAAUUUCGAUGCGCCCUCGGAUUAGGUGCGAUGAAAGUAAAGCGCGUCGUUGAUGUAUUCUUUUUCUUCGUACGUCAUCCAUAUAUUAAUUCCUUGAAAUGUUAUCUGCAAUAUUCGUGUAUCAUCGAAUGCGAUGAUAUACGAUGAUGCGAAGCAGUAUUUUGUAUUAUUCAUCGACGUAUGAUAGAUCGAUUUUAGUCAAUGACGCGAGCGAAAUCGUAUCAGUGAUAAAAAUUUCAUCGCGAGUUCGACGAAAGUGAGACCGAAAGUGUUGUAGUGAGAAUGAUAUAAGAUUUAAAUAUUUAACGAGUAGCGUUUUCUGCGUGUUAAACGUUAGCAUCAUCGAACCUUUAAAAUCAUUUAUACGCAUAACACAUAUGUACUUCGCUCCUUGUGAGAAAAUAAUGAUUAAUGCACCGUAUUAGGGGUUGUAAGUAGAUAUCCUAAGAUAUUAAAGUUCGUUGUAAUAACAUAUCCGCGAUGCUAGUCGUGUAACAUAAAAGGUGCUAUGAGAUGUUAAGCACGACGUUCUUUCUCACGAAGAGAUUAGUGAGCUUUUUUCUGUAGUAUUCGCGUCAUUGGCUAUGAAUCGAUGUCUGUAUAGAAAAAAAAAACAAACCAAAGAAAAAAAAAAAAGAAAAAAAAAAAAAGAAGAAAAAAAAAGAAGACAGUAAGGGACAUGAUAAUCAAAAAGAAGAUAAAAAGACAGACGUUGAUUGAUUUUUUACGAUUCUCGUCGAUCGAUCGAUCGAUAUACGACGAGAGAAAACAAAAAAAAAGGAUAAAAUACUGAUGCAGGUAUAAAACGUCAUAUCGCGCGUUUCGCGUUAAUUGUUGUCAAAUUAACGAGAGUAUCAUACAACGUGUUCUUUAUCAUUUUCGAGACCCUUUACAGUCCUCGAUUACUUCGGGGUAACUUGCGAGUAUUGAUCUUGGAAUAAAAAGAGGGAAAAAUAAGAAUACUUUUAAUAUAGGUAACCGAAAGAGAUGCUUCGAGGGCAUCUUAUUGAGUCUCCUCAAAGAAAAAUUGUUCAUAUUACUUCGAACUUUCACGAGUGACGAUGUGAUGAACGACGAUCAAUCAAGAUAAUAAUUCUGUCUCACUUUUAUAAUUAGAGUGGUUCACAGUAAGACAGCUCCGCCUUCCAAUAAUAUAUACAAACAUAUAUAUAUAUAUAUGUAUAUAUAUACAUAUAUAUAUGUAUAUAUAUACAUAUAUAUAUGUAUAUAUAUAUAUGUAUAUAUGUAUAUGUAUAUAUAUACAUACACACACACACACAUAUACACACAUAUGUAUAUACAUACAUACAUAUACAUAUAUCUACGUAUAUAAAUAUAUAUAUAUAUAUAUAUAUAUAUAUAUAUAUAUAUACAUACAUACAUACAUAUAGCAUUUAAACGAAAGAACAAUAUACGCAUCCCAUUUUUGUCAUCGUUCACGAGUUAUCGAGGAAAGUGUCGUUAGUGUUUCGUCCGAGAACAGAAAAUCAUUGCAAUUUUUAUCUUGAUGUUAAAAGAGAGAAAGAGAGAGAGAGAGAGAGAGAGAGAGCGAGAGAGAUGGAGCGAGAGAGAUGGAGCGAAAGGGAGAGAGAGAAAGAGAGAGAGAGAAAGAGAUAGAGUGAGAGUGAGGGAGAGUAAGUUAAUUAGUUAGGUUCCUCAAUGGACCGAUAAUCAAGACUGGACACGCCAUACGAUAAAUAUUAUCGUCUUUUUCAUCGGCAUAAUAUAUUAUUAUGGGUAAACGAUUCCUACAAGGUUUCGCUAAUUUUAGACAAAUUAAAUAGGUAGGUCGAUACGUGUUUUAUCGUAGAGGCUGUUUCAAUGUACAAACUAUUUCGAGUACGUAGCAUUUACGUAGGGGUCGUACGUUAUCUAAUCCGUACAGACUUGAAAAGAGGCGAGUUCGACUUUUCCUAUUUUUUUCUUUCUUUUUUUUUUCUUUUUUUUUUUUUUUUUUUUUCUCCGAUCCUUGUGGAACUUUCAUGCGAGCUGGCCAACGAUUUGUACCAUAAAAACGUUUUACCGGUGUACACGGUAUUGAUUAGAGACCAAUGAUCACUCCUUUUUGUCACUCUUUGAAGGCUUCGAUAAUUUUAGAUACAAUAAAGCCGGUGUUCCGCUCGAUCGAUUUCUUCAUUUGUUUAUUGACACAUCUUCGCACGUUUAAUUGCUAAAUCAAAAUUAUUUGACAUAAUAAUUCCUUUUAUGCUCGCGUUCAGAAUAACUGAAUGAGAUGAAAGAACAAUUUCGUUCUGUCUGUGUUCGUAAAAUGAAUAAUUUAAAAUACACUAACACAAUAACCAAAAAAGAAA